GCAGUUGAAAUAUUCGAAAUGAUUUCUAUCUUUCAAUGAAUCUAAGUUUGUUCAACCCUAUAGGUGGUGGCUAAUAUCUAUUUUUAAGAUAGUACGAAUUUUGGCAUUCUGUCACUCGUUGGGAAUAAUUGUUCGUAACCUGAAACCGCGUAAGCUCGUAUUCGAUCAGCAGAAUCGUAUACGCCUUGAAAACGUUUUGGAUUGUAUUGUGUGCGAUGAUCCGUCAGAUGAUCGUAUGGUCGACAAAUACUGCACUCCAGCAUUUGCGGCUCCAGAGGUAACGUGCCUCGGCAUAUUGCUGUACUUGUUAUUGCUGGGUCGCUAUCCUUUUUACGAUGAAACCCCUGCGGGCGUAUUCUCAAAAAUACGUGUGGCAAAGGUAGUAUUGCCUCCAGAUGUGCAUUUAAGCGCUGGUGCUCGUGCUCUGAUAUUCGGGUUGCUGCGGCGUGACCCUGAUGAGCGCCCAACCACAGCUGAAUUGCGACAUACACCAUGGAUUUGUCCGCCGAAAGUGCCUUGUAGGAGAAGAGCCACCGAUCCUAGAAUCAGUCCGGCACUCCAUAUGCGCAUCGCAUUAGCGGUUUGUUUUUGUGAUCGUCAUUCAUGA